CACAACCCCAAUGGAGUCGCAAACAACUGAGUACAACAGUCCAACCACCAACAUAUUGUCAACAUCGGGUAUGUCACAAUCCACUUUGGAAAUGUCUUCAGCUGAAAUGGCUACUGGAGAACACAGGUCAACAAGAACAAGCCAAUCGUCAAUGGAAAGUACAGCUGUGGUCUCAACUGCAGAAGAAAAUCUUUCCACACCAUUCACAACUACAAAUUCCACAAAGACAAUGGAAUCAGUGACGUCCUCCUCCCCUACAGACAUAACCUUCCAACCUCUUAUUACGACAGAAAACGGAACUGCAACGCAAACCCAAAACACACCAAUCCCCACCUCAAUGGAGUCUCAAAGGACUCAACAUACGAGUCCAACCAACAAUAGAUUGUCAACAUCAAGUUUGUCACAAUCAACUUUGGAAAUAUCUUCAACAGAGAUGACAAGUGAAAACAUUGGGUCCACAAGUACAAGGCAAACUUCAAUGGAAAUUACAGAUAUGGUCUCAACCCCAGAAAGUAGUGGGUCGACACCAUUCACAACUACAAACUCUCCGACAACAACUGAAUCAUUGCCGACCCCCUCCACUACACAUAUAACAUCCUCACCUAUUAUUACAGGACAAGACGUAACUGUAAAUCAAACCCAAAGCACAUCAAUCCUUACCUCAAUGGAGUCUCCAACAACUGAAGACACCAGUCCAACCACCAACAAAUUUUCAUCUUCAGGAAUGUCACAAUCCACUUCGGAGAUGUCUUCAAUUGAGAUGUCUACUAAAGAACAUGGUUCCACAAACCAUCCUUCAAUGGAUAGUACAGCUGUGGUCUCAACUGCAGAAGAUCAUAUUUCUACACCAUUCACAACUACAAAUUCCACAAAGACAAUGGAAUCAGUGACGUCCUCCUCCACUACAGACAUAACCUUCCAACCUCUUAUUACGACAGAAAACGGAACUGUAAAUCAAACCCAAAGCACAUCAAUCCCUACCUCAAUGGAGUCUCCAACAACUGAAGACACCAGUCCAACCACCAACAAAUUGUUAACUUCAGGAAUGUCACAAACCACUGUUGACAUUUCUUCCACUGUGGCAACCACAGGAUAUGGUCUUUCCACAUCAUUCACAACUAGACACUUGAAAAAGACAAGUGAAUCAGCAUUUUCCACCUCCACUUUAGAUACCACUUCCUCAUCUGGAUUUACCACACCUAUGACAAUGAUUCCAGAUUCGACCACAGAAAGGAGACCGUCAACGCAAAGCGAGACAGUGACCACAAUUGUGCAUACACAGGCAGACAGUCAGUCAACACCAGCCCACAGUUCAACCUCAAAUGUUAUCCUUACGACAUUCACAACAAUAUCUACAACUCAUCAGUGUAAUGAAGAGGACUGUCACUGUCAUGGUGCUGCUUGUUCUUUCAAUGACACUCUUGGCUUAUGUCAGUGCCAUUGCUCUGACUCCACCUUUGGAGAUAUGUGUAUUUAUGGAAGUAAUGUCAUCACAGUUUCCUUUGAUAAGGCAGUACCAACCAGAAAGGCAAAUGUCUCUUUGAGGAUUAUGAGGGAAUUUGAGACUGAGUAUGAAAAUAUGAACUCCAGCAAGUCCCAAAUAUUAAUCAAAACUUUGAUUAAGGAGCUUAGUGCUCUCUGCAGGAGAGCAGAUCCAGACAAUUUUAAAGAUGUAAAAGUCAUUAAUCUAAAACCUGGAAGUAUUGUUGCAGAGAGCAUAGCGGAAUACACCUAUCCCAACAAUGCAUCCCAAAUUGAUUUCCUCAACAAUGAACUGGAACCCAUACUUAGGAAUAUCUUGAACAACACAGAUAACCUAAUGAUCAUCAGUCAAGCAUUUGAAAAUGUGCGAAUCCAGAUUACCAACAUUACCUUCCAACCAAUGGAAAUAAGGAAUAUUUCAGAUUUGAGGUCAUUUGUGGCCUGUCGUCUGGGUUUUGCCAACUACACAGAAGAGCUCUCUGAUGGCAGCUGGAAGUGCUAUGAGUCUUCCCUGGAGCAGUAUGAUGGACCCCAGUGUGAGCGCUUCCGCAGGGGAAGAGGUUUCUAUGCUGCACUCUUUGGUGCGCUGGGGGCAGGCAUCCUCCUCAUACUUGUUCUCAUCGUGGUUAUCGUGGUCCUGCAAAGGAACCGUGGGGGACGAUGGAACAUUGACAAGCCACCUGCCAGAAGACUGAUGUCUCUCAAAGAGGACUUUUUUGACUUCACACAAAGAGGUAUGCUCAUCUCUGCCUCUAUGUCCCAAUGA